AUGGAAGUAGCGGAGAAGCAUUCUUUUAACCAUUUUAGCCAUCAGCAUCCGCUGGAAAUUUCUACCUUACCUUCCACAACAGACAACAAAACCUGCUACGGUUGCAAUCUCAGAAUAUUGCCUGGUAAGGACUACUACGACUGUAAAACUUGCUUGUUUUCCCUGCAUAGGAUAUGCUCCAACAUGCCUAGAAAAACCCGACACCCUGCACAUCCAUAUCACUAUUUAUCCCUCUUGACUUCACCUCCGUCUUCUAAUAGCACCUUCAAGUGCAAGGCUUGUGGACAUUUUAUUUCUGGCUUCUACUACAACUGUGCUGAAUGUGGCAUUUACUAUCAUAUCUUAUGCUCAGCACUGCCUCUCUCAGUUGCAAUCUGUUCCCAUCCUCACACACUCAAAAUAGAAUUUUCGCCUCCAUAUGCUUUCUGCUGUGAUCUAUGUGAUAAACCAAGUUAUGUAGGAUGGCUCUACAGAUGUCGCUUCUGUGAGUUUGAUGCACAUAUUUCUUGUGCCAUUUCCAUCCAAAGGGCUCAACCUGGGCCACUGCCUAACACUUUAACAAGGCAGAUUGUAUACUCCUCGGCAUCCAUAAUGGAGACCAACCGACUGAUAGAUUAUGGAAUUGAGAGUAAUGAACUAAUGCAAUUAGUAGUCCAGGGAGUUACAAGAGGCAAUCAUCAAGACACAAAUUGCCAAGAAAUCGCUAAUGAUAGUGCAGUGGCAGGAUGGGAUGAGAGAUUGCGAAGUCCCCGAAAGAACCUUGAAAUUGGAAAUGGUGGGAUUGGACGCUUUCGGUUGCAUCAACGAGAACCACAAAUAUCUAGCAAUGGUACAAGUCCUUUAAAUGGAUCGCGAAAUAAAGAUCCAUCAGUCUCAGUUUCUGAAGACCUGACAAUCCCAAGUUACCAAUUCAGUGACCAAUGUUUUUCAAUAGAUUUGAUGAAAUCUUGUUCAAGUCUAGACAAUAGAAGCCAGACAAAGAAGGAAUCUAAUCAUCAAGAUGUUGUUCCUGAAGAUGAAGCAAGGAUUAGCUGUGGUAAAUUGACAAUGCCUGAUAAUAAGACUUCAAGUAAUAAGCCAGUUUUCAAUCCCCUUUACAAGGCUCCAGAAAAUUGGCUGAAAGAAGCAUCUUUACUUGAAGGUGUUAAUCGUUAUGAUGGGAUGAAAUUAGGACAAAAUGGGGAAAAUAGAACAGUAAAUGGAGGCAGGCCUGGGAUUAAAGAGCAUGGUGCUAAAUCGAAUAGGAACAAGCAUCAUUGUAGUGCUUUCGGUCUUUGCAGGCCAGAUGGAGUUGUUUAUGUUGGUGGAAGCUCCUUAGGUGUUGCUAUUAUUCAAGCAAUGAAAGAAAUGCAUUCUCAAAGCCUGUGCAAAAAAAAGGGUGAAAUCGUGUUGUUGCAUCAAAUAAAACAAAAGGUUAUAACAUUGCCUGCAGGCUGA